AUGGGAAUUCCCCCCUUCUGGACACACUCGGGUGUUUGUCAUUCUGACCUGGAUAUCAUGACAAAUAGCUGGCACGGCCUUCCACCUACUCCAGAAGAACAGAUCGGAGGACAUGAAGGGGUUGGCCAUAUUGUGCGACUUGGACCAGGGGCAGAAACCUCUGGACUAGGCAUUGGGGAUAGAGUUGGUGUGAAAUGGGUUGCAAGCGCUUGCGGAAACUGCGAACCGUGCUAUGCAGGAUUAGACAAUAUGUGUUUUAAUCAGAAAGUAUCAGGAUACUACACUCCCGGUACCUUUCAGCAAUAUCUCUUGCGUCCUGCAGCGUAUGUCACAAGGAUUCCAGACGAAGUGGAGUCUGUUCAGGCCGCUCCAUUACUCUGCGCAGGCCUUACAGUUUAUUCUGCUCUCAAGCGUAGCACAGCUAUCCCAGGCCAGUGGGUUGUCAUCUCUGGGGCAGGCGGGGGACUGGGACAUCUAGCAGUUCAAAUUGCCAGCAAAGGACUGGGUCUGCGAGUUAUCGGAAUUGAUCACGGCCAAAAAGCAGAUUUCGUCAAGAAAUUGGGCGCCGAGCAUUUUGUGGAUAUUACAAAAUUUCCUCUUGAUGACAACGGGGAGGCAAUUUCAAACUUCGUUAAAUCCCUAACUGAGGAUCUGGGAGCUCACUCUGUUAUUGUAUGCACAGCCGCAAAUAUUGCAUACAGCCAGGGACUUCGAUUCUUAAGGUACGGUGGUUCCCUUGUUUGUGUUGGACUCCCAGCAGGAGCACAAAAGCCAAUCGCCACCGCCUCCCCGUCAUUUAUGGUAUCGAAGCAACUUAGAAUCCUAGGUUCGGCUGUUGAAAACCGUGUUGAUGCCACUGAGGUGCUAAACUUUGCUGCUCGGGGAAUUGUUAAGGUUCAUGUUCGGGAGGAGCAAAUGGAUGGGCUAUCAGCAAUAUUUCAGGAUAUGCGAGAAGGAAAAUUGAUUGGAAGAGCGGUUAUUAAUCUCUCUUAG